AUGCCAGGUCCGCGCGUGCCGCGACCUCUCCUCCUUUCCCACCACCUUGAGCAGCCUUUCGAGGCUCAGGAGUUGGCCUUGGCCAAGCUCCCUCAGCUGCCCCACCUCCUGCCAUCGCUGCCGCACUCCCUCGAGAUCCUCUCCCUUGGAACCUACCAGCGCCUCACCCCUUUUCUGGAAAUCCCUGCUCUGCCCAGGCUGAGGAGCUUGAGCCUCAUAAGUGUGGGCUGCAUGCGCGGGCUGGUCCCGAGCAUGGUGCUGCCCGCCAUGGAGCACGUGGAGCUGUUGCUGGUGGGCGAGGCCGAGGACCUCCCACUGCCCCUAGAGUUGUUCCCCAACCUCCGCACCCUCAAAAUCGCAACUGCUGGCCGCCUGAAGAGUUUUCCAAAGAAGUAUGUUCCAGUGUUGCAGCGACUGCAGCGCAUUCACAUCAACCAGGCUGUCAAGUUGAGGGAGCUCACAGACAGUGUCACCGCUCUGCACCGCCUCACAUCCAUUGAGAUCCAUGCUCCCGAGUUCUCCUCGCUACCGGAUGGUAUCGGCGCCUUGACUCGACUGCGUCGGCUGAAUCUGGCCAACUGCUCGGCACUUGCAGAGCUCCCGGCUUCCCUCACGCAGCUCUCCUGCCUGCACGACCUGAACCUGCGCUGCACCUCCCUGCACUCCCUGCCUCGCCACUUUGGACGGCUGCGUCGGCUCAAGACUCUUACCGGUAACCUGCAUGGGUGCAAGCAGCUGGUAGCGUUGCCAAGGGAUAUCUCCCAGCUCACGAUGCUUCAUAGCUUGACCAUCACAGGGUGUGCUGAUGACCUUGACACUGAGUGCCCUGACGGCAUGCGUGGAUUGCAUAUCGCCAAGACCUUCUAUGACUACUCGGAGUAA